CGGUGAUCGCCCUCGCUUUCCCCCCUGUCCCCAUGUCGAAGCCAGAGCUGAUCCAGAAGGCGAAGCUGGCCGAGCAGGCCCAGCGCUACGAGGACAUGGCCACCUGCAUGAAGGCCGCGACGGAGCAGGGCGCCGAGCUGUCCGAGGAGGAGCGCAGCCUGCUCUGGGUGGCCUACGGGCACGUGGCCGGGAACCGCAGGUCCGCCUGGAGGGUCAUCUCCAGCAUCGAGCAGAAGACCGACGCCUCCGAUAAGAAGCUGCAAGUGAUCAAGGACAACCGGGAGGAAGUGGAGCCCGAGCUGCGGGGCAUCUGCACCACGGCCCUGGAACUGCUGGAUAAGCAUUUAAUAGCCCGCGCAUCGAAUCCGGAGAGUAAGGUCUUCUACCUGAAAGUGAAGGGCGAUCACUUCCGGUACCUUGCUGAAGUUGCACGUGGUGAUGAUCGAAAACAGACGAUAGAUAACAUCCAAGGAGCUUACCAAGAGGCUUUUGAUAUAAGCAAGAAAGAGUUGCAGCCCACACACCCGAUUCGUCUGGGGCUGGCUCGUGACUUUUCUAUAUUUCACUACGAGCUCCUCAAUACCUCUGAGCUUGCCUGCGCACUGGCGAAAACGGCCUUUGAUGAGGCCGUUGCAGAUCUCCACACGCUGAGUGACUCACACGAAGACAACACCCUCGUCAUGCUUCUUAGAGACAACCUCAGCCUAUGGACACCGGGCAGCGCAGGAGAAGAAUGA